CCAGUUCUGUCGGGCCCCGUAUGCCGUCUUCCUCCGUCUAGUGAGGAGAGACCCCGUUCUGUUUUUAGGGUUUUAGACCUUCGAAGCGCUGAAAACUCUAGCCGCUGUAAUUCCUCCGUGUACAAAUUCAAAGGGUUUUUAGGGCAGUCUACAAAUUCCUCCGUCUAGCCGCUGAAAACUCUCACUCUCUCAAUGGAUCCUUCGCAACUCCAAUCCAAUGAACUUGCGCAAUUUAUCGCCCAAGAGAAGGAAAGAGCAAUGGUUAAUGAGAUGGUGGCAAAGCUCACAAAUGUCUGCUGGGACAAAUGCAUCACUGGUACACCCGGAAGCAAGUUUAGUUCCAGUGAGUCUAGUUGCCUUUCAAACUGUGCACGGCGUUAUAUGGAUAUGAGCAUCAUUAUUGUGAAACGCUUCCAGAACAUGCAGUGAAGGUCUAGGAGGAUUGGCAUUAUCUCUGUUACAAGAACUGGUCUUUUUCCUGUCUUUUUUGGUUAAAUUGUUGGUUGAAGAUGCUUUGAAUUGUUGGAUAGAUCUCUUUCAAAUUUGUUGAAAAUAUAAAUUAAGGUGUCUUUUAAUUUUAUUGCACUCUAGAACAUAUACCCUGAGAAUUUCGUGCUGCAAAAAUUGCAUGUGUAGUUGCAAACGGUUGCAUGUUGUAGUUAGUUAACCCCUAGGGGUUGGUUCAAAGUGGUAAAAACCUUGAGUUUGGAGGUAUGCUCCUCAGGUUUAAGGUUCAAA